CCGCGCGCCGCCCAAGCUUAUAAAAGAGGGCCGCUGCCUUAUCCCGCGCCCGGCGCGCCGCACUCCCGACUCUGUCCUCAUGGGGCGCGCAAAUCUCUCACGAUAGUACCUAGAAAAAACAAAAUACAUUUCUAUGUAUAUUUUCUAACGACGUUAGGGACCAAGUGAUAAAGUGAUACGAACUGACGGCAACGUAGUAAUUCCACCAUGGAGGACGCUCAUUCGAAAUCCGUGGACGAAGUUUUAGGAUAUUUUGGCACAGACCCAGACAAAGGCCUUAGUCCAGACCAAGUCAAAAGAAACCAGGAGAAAUAUGGGCCCAAUGAACUGCCUGCGGAAGAAGGCAAAAGUAUAUGGCAGUUAGUCCUGGAACAAUUCGAUGACCUCUUAGUAAAGAUUUUGCUGUUAGCCGCUAUUAUUUCUUUCGUUUUAGCUUUAUUUGAAGAACAUGAAGACGCUUUCUCAGCGUUCGUAGAACCCUUUGUUAUUUUACUAAUUCUUAUUGCUAACGCCGUAGUAGGAGUAUGGCAGGAAAGAAACGCCGAAUCCGCCAUCGAAGCUUUAAAAGAAUACGAACCCGAAAUGGGUAAAGUAAUAAGAGGAGACAAAUCCGGCGUACAAAAAGUAAGAGCGAAAGAAAUCGUUCCCGGCGACGUCGUGGAGGUGUCCGUCGGUGACAAGAUUCCCGCCGAUAUCCGCCUAAUCAAGAUUUAUUCCACCACCAUCCGUAUUGACCAGUCCAUCCUGACUGGUGAGUCCGUGUCUGUGAUCAAGCACACAGACCCCAUUCCCGACCCCCGCGCUGUGAACCAGGACAAGAAGAACAUCCUCUUCUCCGGCACCAAUGUCGCCGCCGGCAAGGCCCGCGGUAUCGUCAUCGGCACCGGACUCAACACUGCCAUCGGUAAGAUCCGUACCGAAAUGUCCGAGACUGAAGAAAUCAAGACACCCCUGCAACAAAAACUCGAUGAGUUCGGUGAGCAGCUGUCUAAAGUCAUCUCUGUGAUCUGCGUUGCCGUCUGGGCCAUCAACAUCGGUCACUUCAACGACCCCGCCCACGGCGGAAGCUGGAUCAAGGGCGCCGUCUACUACUUCAAGAUCGCCGUCGCCCUGGCCGUCGCCGCCAUCCCCGAAGGCCUGCCCGCCGUCAUCACCACCUGUCUGGCUCUGGGCACCAGGAGGAUGGCCAAGAAGAACGCCAUCGUCAGGUCUCUGCCCUCCGUAGAAACCCUCGGUUGCACGUCGGUCAUCUGCUCCGACAAGACCGGCACCCUGACCACCAACCAGAUGUCCGUGUCUCGCAUGUUCAUCUUCGAGAAGAUCGAGGGCAGCGACAGCAGCUUCCUCGAGUUCGAAAUCACCGGCUCCACCUACGAACCCAUCGGCGACGUCUACCUGAAGGGACAGAAGAUCAAGGCUUCCGAGUUCGACGCUCUCCAGGAAUUGGGCACCAUCUGCGUCAUGUGCAACGACUCCGCCAUCGACUUCAACGAGUUCAAGCAGGCCUUCGAGAAGGUCGGCGAGGCCACCGAGACCGCCCUCAUCGUGCUGGCCGAGAAGAUGAACCCCUUCAACGUCUCCAAGACCGGCCUCGACCGCCGCUCGUCCGCCAUCGUCGUCCGCCAGGAAGUCGAGACCAAGUGGAAGAAGGAGUUCACCCUCGAGUUCUCCCGUGACAGGAAGUCCAUGUCCACCUACUGCACACCCCUGAAGCCCUCCCGUCUCGGAACUGGACCCAAACUGUUCGUCAAGGGCGCGCCCGAAGGCGUGCUCGACCGCUGCAGCCACGCCCGCGUCGGAACUAGCAAAGUGCCCCUCAACACCACCCUCAAGAACCGCAUCCUGGACCUCACCCGCCAGUACGGUACCGGCCGCGACACACUGCGUUGCUUGGCCCUGGCCACCGCUGACAACCCGCUCAAGCCCGAUGAGAUGGACCUCGGCGACUCCACCAAGUUCUUCACCUACGAAGUCAACCUCACCUUUGUCGGUGUCGUGGGAAUGUUGGACCCUCCCCGCAAGGAAGUAUUCGACUCCAUCGUCCGUUGCCGCGCUGCUGGUAUCCGCGUAAUCGUCAUCACCGGUGACAACAAGUCCACCGCUGAAGCCAUCUGCAGGCGUAUUGGCGUGUUCACUGAAGAUGAGGACACCACUGGUAAAUCCUACUCUGGUCGCGAGUUCGAUGACCUGCCCGUCUCGGAACAACGCGCCGCCUGCGCCCGCGCUCGCCUGUUCUCCCGCGUGGAGCCCGCCCACAAGUCCAAGAUCGUUGAAUUCCUGCAAAGCAUGAACGAAAUCUCCGCCAUGACUGGUGAUGGUGUAAACGACGCCCCUGCUCUGAAGAAGGCCGAGAUUGGUAUCGCCAUGGGCUCCGGAACCGCCGUCGCUAAGUCUGCUGCUGAGAUGGUGUUGGCUGACGACAACUUCUCAUCCAUCGUCGCUGCCGUUGAGGAAGGUCGUGCCAUCUACAACAACAUGAAGCAGUUCAUCCGUUACCUGAUCUCUUCCAACAUCGGCGAAGUCGUCUCCAUCUUCUUGACCGCGGCCCUGGGUCUGCCCGAGGCUCUCAUUCCCGUGCAACUGUUGUGGGUCAACCUGGUGACGGACGGUCUGCCCGCCACGGCCCUCGGCUUCAACCCUCCUGACCUGGACAUCAUGGACAAGCCUCCCCGCAAAGCUGAUGAGGGUCUGAUCUCUGGAUGGCUGUUCUUCAGGUUCGUAUUUGAUACCCCUUCAGCUUGGAAAAAGAACUCACUAAGUAGCCAAGUCAAACAAUGUGAAAUCAGUAAAUUAUUUUUUGCGAUCGUAAAAAUUUGAAGU